CCUCCACCGCCCCCCACGACGCGCGACGCAGCCGCUUCACUCGCGCUCCGCUCUGCGUACAUAACCACCACCCCGCGCGCCGCACGGCCGGCUCGCAACUCGCAACGCCAGUUGCGCGGCGUCUCGAACCCGACUCGAUCCUCUGCAGGGAGGCCAAGAAAAUCAAGGUCGAGCCGAGCGAGCGAUCUCGAGCCCUCCCUCGACCGAUGCAUCCGCUCGUGGGGGCGCUGCUGGUGAGUGCCGGGGAGCGGUGGUGGUGGCCGUGCUGGGGCCCGGCGGCGCGCCACGCCGCGGCGUGGGCCGGCACGCUGGCGCUGGCCGUGUCGGUGGCGUCGUUCGCGCCGGAGGCCGCGUUCGUGUGGGCGCUGGCCAGCGGCGGGUGCGCGGCCGGGUCGGUGCGCGUGCCGCUCGACGGCGGCGGGGACCACGUCUGCGUGCCGGCGAGGAUGGCCGGCCGGACCUGCGCCGACAUCAUCGUGCCGCCGGUGUUCGCGGCGCUCUCCGUCGGCGCCUCGGCGUGCUUCGUCCGGACGAUCGCCAUCGGCCGCCGCCACGGCUACUAGCCAUCAUUGGAGCAAGCCCGUGUCCU